AUGGAGACUAUUGAUAUCUCGCGCCUCAAGUCUGGCGAGGUCAACCUUGGUACCUCGAUCAUGGCCGUUCAAUUCAAGGAUGGGGUUGUCGUCGGUGCUGAUAGUCGCACGACAACGGGGAGCUACAUCGCUAACCGUGUUACGGACAAGCUCACGCACGUACAUGAACGGAUCUACUGCUGCCGGUCAGGCUCGGCUGCAGACACGCAAGCCAUUGCGGAUCUCGUUCACUAUUAUCUCCAGAUCUACACCCAAACGAGCGGUUCUCCACCACCCGUCCACACCGCUGCGACUGUGUUCCAGAAAUUUUGUUACGACAACAAGGACGCGCUUUCUGCCGGCAUCAUCGUCGCGGGCUGGGACAAGGAGGUCGGCCCAAGUGUCUACAACAUCCCUCUCGGCGGUGGGCUCUUCCGGCAGCCAUGGGCGAUUGGCGGGUCGGGUUCGACGUACGUGUAUGGUUACUGUGACGCAACAUACCAGGAGGGCUGGGACCGCGACCAAACGGUCGAGUUUGUGAAGAAUACGCUCGCACUGGCAAUGUCUCGAGACGGCUCAUCCGGCGGCGUCAUCCGCAUGUGCGUCAUUACGGAGGACAAGGUAGAGCGGUUGUUCGUUCCGGGGAACGAGCUGCCAAAAUUCUGGCAAGGGAAGGAGGUGCUUGGAUCGGAUUCGAAGAACGCCGAUCUGGCAUCAGCAGUUGCGAUGGCUGUCGAUGCAUGA